AUGAGUGUGGAGAAGCAAGUAAAAGUCAGCAGCUCUGCUGUGCGCUAUGGCGCAUCUUAUGGAAGCAACAAGCUCUUCUCUACGGCCAGGAGUAGCUAUGGAGGAGGCUAUGGAGGAGGCUUUGGAGGAGGCUUUGGAGGAGUUGGACUCUCCAGAGCUGUUGGGCUUGGGGCAGCAGCAGGUGGAGCAGGUUUUGGCUUACGAGGCGGCCUUGGACUGGCUGGUGGUGCUGCUCUGAGAGAUGGGUUAGGAUCAGGCUUGGGUGGGGGUGCAGGAGCAGGAUUUGGGUUAGGAGGUGGCAUUGGUGGUGCAGGAGGUAGAUUUGGAGGAGCCAUAGGUGUACUGAAAAGUCGCUUAGGAGGCAGAGGCUUCAAGAUAGGCAGCUAUGGUGGAAGUCCAUCCUUCCUAUUUGCUAGUGUCAAGCCAGGACUUGGGGGAUUGGGAAGCGGUCCAAGUGCUCCUGAUAUUCCAUCUAUUGACCCAUCCUUGCCCUCUGUGGACACUGUUCAAGUCACCCGCCUUAAGGAGAAGGAGGAACUCCAGAUAUUGAACAACAAGUUUGCCAGCUUCAUUGAUAAGGUCCGCAGUCUGGAGCAGCAGAACACCAUUCUGAAAGCCCAGAUCAAUCUGUACAACAGGAGUGACCCCAGUGCUCCGGCCAGCCCCGGAGUGGUCGCAACUACUGCCAUCGCUGGAUACAGAGCCCAGAUUGACAUUUUAUCUCAAACCAAGACCGCACUUUUGGCAGAAAUCGAUCAUUACAAGCAAGUGAUUGAAGAAGUCCAGUCCAAAUUUGAGGAGGACAGCGCAUCCACAAAGUCUCUGGAGUCAGAAUGGACUGCACUUAAAGAGGAUGUGGACCAUCUGUAUCUGACCAUCUUUGACUUACAGACAAAACUAACUGGGGUGGAAGAUCAGAUCACUCUGUCUAAACAGCUGUACGACGCUAGAGUCAGAGAAGUCCAGACCAUCGUCACCAGCGGCACAAAGGCAGCCAUUUCCAUUUCAUUUGACAACUAUGCCCAAGCGGUGGACCUGACUUCGGCCAUUUCUGAUAUGAAAGCACAGUAUGAAUUACUUGUCGCGAAGACCAAACAGGAGGCAUUUGCAGUGGCUCAGAGCAAGAUUUUUCUGGCAAGUGGUUCUUCCCAACCAUCCGUACAAGCACUCUCAGCCUAUAAAGAGGAAUACAGGACGCUCAAACAUCAGGUUGACUCAGUUCAACGUGAGAUUGAAAGGAUUAAGUCUUUGAACAUUCAACUGGAAUCUUCCAUAGCAGAAGCCGAAGUAAGCUCAACCAACGAGGUUGACACCUACCAAGAACAGGUCACAGCUCUCAAAUCUCAACUGGAUGACAUUAGAAAGCAAAUUGCUCACUAUUGUCAAGAAUACCAGGAUCUACUGGCCAUGAAGAUGGGACUAGACGUAGAGAUUACAGCCUACAAGAAGCUGAUGGACAGUGAAGAGUUAAGACUUAGCUCUGGAAGUGGCAUCACUGUUCAGAUGUCCAAAUCUUCUACCGGAGGAGCUGCAUCCAUAGGAGGUGGUGGAGCUGGUCUUGGUGGAGGCCUUGGUGGUGGCCUUGGAGGAGGACUAGGAUAUGGUCUCGGAGGAGGUCUUGGACUUGGUGGUGGCCUUGGUGGUGGCCUUGGUGGUGGCUUAGGGCUUGGCCUUGGUUCCGGACUUGGCAGUGGCAUCGGCAUAAGCCUUGGUGGUGGAGGAUUUGGAUCUAGCCUUGGAGGAGGAUUACAGUUUGGAAGUCUGAAUUCCAGCUCAAUAUCCUCUUCCACUGCUUAUUGAAGUUCACGAACCUGAUAUUAAAGAACAACAUCUGUUCCGAAUUUCUGAGAAUCCCCAUUGAACAGCCGCUCAGUGAUAACAG